AUGGGGGUAGCACUGACCAGAGCAGCGCAAUGGACCACAGCAAGUUCUGGGACUGGAAAACUGGAGAUCACCCCAGUCAACGAGUCUCUGCUGAAAGAGAUCCUGGAGUUUGUGGAACAGUUCAGCUCCAGACACCCUCAGGAGGCUAAGCAUGUGUUCAAGGAGCCGCUCCAGUGGACUACCUCUUUGGAGGCUUCUGAUUUCAAAACAGAGUAUGACAUAAGGUAAUCACGAGGCACGCUGUGCUGUGUGCUUGGUGUAAUGUUACUGACUGGGGAUGUUGUCAUGGAGUCUAAACGUAUUUUGAGCCCUACAGCAGGACUCAUAUUUAUGUUCUUGAAUUUAUUUGUUUUCUGUUCAACUUCAGUAGGACAGGAAACAUCUAGACUACUUCAUCAGAAAGUCUGUUAUUUUUUCCCUGGCUGUCUGCAUGUGAUUAGUUGUUAUUCUACAGUUGGGAAAUGGUAACCCUUGGCGAAAAACCCCAUGAUUUCACAUCUGAAAUUCCACAUGUGAAAUCAUGUGAAACAAUGUGUUUUUGGAACACUUCACAUGUGAUGAUAUUUCACAUGAAGUUUCACAUGUGGGUUUUCACGUGACGAUAUAACCUUCCAAAUGCGGAUUCAUCUUUUUUUCACGGGAUUUCACAGGUGAUGCCCUGCAAACAAAAAUUAGUCGUUAGGAUACACACACAAACAGUACUUUUAACAUAGUGUUUUCAACUUACAUACAGUGGGGGAAAAAAGUAUUUAGUCAGCCACCAAUUGUGCAAGUUCUCCCACUUAAAAAGAUGAGAGAGGCCUGUAAUUUUCAUCAUAGGUACACGUCAACUAUGACAGACAAAAUGAGGAAAAAAAAUCCAGAAAAUCACAUUGUAGGAUUUUUAAUGAAUUUAUUUGCAAAUUAUGGUGGAAAAUAAGUAUUUGGUCAAUAACAAAAGUUUCUCAAUACUUUGUUAUAUACCCUUUGUUGGCAAUGACACAGGUCAAACGUUUUCUGUAAGUCUUCACAAGGUUUUCACACACUGUUGCUGGUAUUUUGGCCCAUUCCUCCAUGCAGAUCUCCUCUAGAGCAGUGAUGUUUUGGGGCUGUCGCUGGGCAACACGGACUUUCAACUCCCUCCAAAGAUUUUCUAUGGGGUUGAGAUCUGGAGACUGGCUAGGCCACUCCAGGACCUUGAAAUGCUUCGGCGUAGUGUGUUACUAAUGGUAGGCUUUGUUACUUUGGUCCCAGCUCUCUGCAGGUAAUUCACUAGGUCCCCCCGUGUGGUUCUGGGAUUUUUGCUCACCGUUCUUGUGAUCAUUUUUACCCCACGGGGUGAGAUCUUGCGUGGAGCCCCAGAUCGAGGGAGAUUAUCAGUGGUCUUGUAUGUCUUCCAUUUCCUAAUAAUUGCUUCCACAGUUGAUUUCUUCAAACCAAGCUGCUUACCUAUUGCAGAUUCAGUCUUCCCAGCUUGGUUCAGGUCUACAAUUUUGUUUCUGGUGUCCUUUGACAGCUCUUUGGUCUUGGCCAUAGUGGAGUUUGGAGUGUGACUGUUUGAGGUUGUGGACAGGUGUAUUUUAUACUGAUAACAAGUUCAAACAGGUGCCAUUAAUACAGGUAACGAGUGGAGGACAGAGGAGCCUCUUAAAGAAGAAGUUACAGGUCUGUGAGAGCCAGAAAUCUUGCUUGUUUGUAGGUGACCAAAUACUUAUUUUCCACCAUAAUUUGCAAAUAAAUUCAUAAAAAAUCCUACAAUGUGAUUUUCUGGGUAUUUUUUUCUCAGUUUGUCUGUCAUAGUUGACGUGUACCUAUGAUGAAAAUUACAGGCCUCUCUCAUCUUUUUAAGUGGGAGAACUUGCACAAUUGGUGGCUGACUAAAUACUUUUUUCCCCCACUGUAUUUGAAACACUUUGACAUACAUUAUUCAAUUGUGUAUGUUUAUUUAUACAGUAAUUGUUAUUCAACAUGUUCUCACCUGGGAUUUAAACUCACAACCUCUUGGUUCACUGCAUUCCGAUCUUCCUGCCACCAUGCCUGUGUCAGUGACUGAUUUCACCUGUAUUCCUACACUUCAGACUUAAGUAAAGUAAAUCUCUGCUUAAAAAUAAACUCAAGAAAAAAUGUAUGUGAAAAUCGCAUUUGAGCUGAAAUUUUCACAUGUAAAAAAAAAAGAAAGAAAAAAGAAGACGACAGGUCAGUUGUUCACAUGUGAAACCAGAUGUUCACAUGUAUAACAUUUUGAGUUCACAUGUUAACACCACCUUUUCACAUGAGGAGAAUACCAUGUUUUCACCUCACAUGUGAAUUGCAGGUUCACGUGAAAUUUGCAGUUUCAUGUGGACAAAACCGUUCACUUGAAAAUCAAAUUUUCACUGUCGUAAAAAACGCUCACAUGUGGAAUUGCAUUUUGUUCAAAUUUUGCAUCCCAAUGUUGUCACAUUUAUUUCACAUGCGAUCAUGUUUUCACAUGUGUAGUUUCUUGUUAUCACACACAGCACAUUUUCCAGUGUUAAAUCAACACUGAGUGUUAAAUUGAACACUGGUCCAGCGUCUAUAUGGAUCCACACUUUUCAGUGUUAAAUUAACACACUGCGUCUUGUAAAGCGUUAUUUCCACAUUUCCCAGAGUGCCUUUUGAGUGAAUUUCCACCAAUGACUGUAGGUUAUUUAUUAGUGACAGAGACAUGGUUGUUGCAUUCAUCCAUUUUCAGUCUUGUGGCCUUAACCAAGUGAGAUCCUAAGCAAAUAUGUUAUCAUUAAAAUUAAAUUGUUUAAGACAAUACAACACAUAUUUCAUAAGGCCUUAUUUUGAGGGCCUAGAUUUACCCUAAUACAGCAGCCUGAAACUCAUAGUUUACAGGCCAUAUCUGGAAAGGAAAAGCAGCCAACAAGGAAAAGCAGCCAACAAGUGCUCAGCAUAUGUGGGAACUCCUUCAAGACUGUUGGAAAAGCAUUCCAGGUUGAGAGAAUGAGUGUGCAAAGCUGUCAUCAAGGCAAAGGGUGGCUAUUUGAAGAAUCUCAAAUAUAAAAUAUAUUUUGAUUUGUUUAGCACUUUUUAGGUUACUACAUGAUUCCAUAUGUGUUAUUUCAUAGUUUUGAUGUCUUCACUAUUAUUCUACAAUGUAGAAAAUAGUAAAAAAUAAAAUAAAAACCCUUGAAUUAGUAGGUGUUCUAAAACUUUUGACCGGUAAGGAAUAUAUUUCUGAUUUAAGCUUUAUUUUAACAGGGAAGACAUAUUGAGACUUAAGUCUCUUUUUCAAAUGCAUCAACAUACAAUGCAUUCGGAAAGUAUUCAGACCCCUUGACUUUUUCCACAUUUUGUUACGUUAGUCUUAUUCUAAAAUGGAUUAAAUUAAUAUUUUUCCUCAUCAAGCUACACACAAUACCCCAUAAUGACAAAGCGAAAACAGGUAUCAAUUUAUUUUGUUAUUUGUAAACUCAGGUUCCCUUUAUCUAAUAUUAGGUUUUGGUUGAAGAUCACUCAGUAUAAAAAAAUAUGCAAAAUCAGAAAGGGGGCAAAUACUUUUUCACAGCGCUGUAGAUGAAGUUUACAAUUUUAAACAGAUUGAUUAAUGGUGUUUAUAUAAAUAGUGAAGAGAGCAGGUCCCAAAAUCGACCCCUGUGGUACACCUUUAUGUAUAUCAAGAAAUGCAGACUUAACCCCAUCAAUCACGAUGGCCUGAGUUCUGUCACUAAGAUAAUCAUUAAACCAUGAACAGGCGUCAUAUCUCAGGCCUAUCGAGGACAACUUAUUCAAUAAAAUGUCAACAGUAUCAAAAGUUUUUGACAGGUCCACAAACAAAGCAGCACAUUUCAUUUUAGUGUCUAAAGCAUUAACAAGAUCAUUAACAACUAAAGUGGUUGCUGUAAUAGUGCUAUGCCCAGGCCUAAACCCUGAUUGGUUUACAUUCAAAAUACAUAAAGUUGUACAUUUACUAAGGAUUCAAAAAUCUUAGCUAGACAAGGUAUCACUACUAUCCCUGCCCUUAUGGAGUGGCAGCUCAAGAGCUGAUUUCCAUACUUUUGGAAUAUUUCCUGAUAACAAUUUUAAAUAAAAAGUGUGGGUUAUUAAUGAUGGGCGCUGCACACUUAAGCCCCUGUGGAUUUAUUGUUGUUUAUUGCUUGCAAAGCAUCCAGGACUUAUUUUUCUGUUAGUAGCUUAAAAUAUAAUAUUUGACUAUCAUUUCUCUGAUCAUUCAGCAGGUUCCCCUUAUCAGUAUCCAGCCGAAUAUCAUUGUGAAAUGGCUUAGAAGUUCUUUCAAAGAGAUAACCCGCUGAAAUAAACUGGGGAUUAAAUGCAUCAGUGAUGGCAUUUUUUUCCAUAAUGAGGCCAGUGUCUGAAUUAAUUUGUUGUGGCAAGAGAGGAGGAAGUAGAACCUUUUAGGGAUUUGACAGUUUUCCAGAAUUUAGCUGGGUUCCUAUUACAAUCUGAGGGGUUACAUAAUAAUCAGAUUUAGCCCUUCUGAUUUGUCUUACACAAUGAUUCCUCAGUUGCUUAAAAGCUUGCCAGUCCGGGCCUAAGCCUGUGUUCCUGGCCUUGACCCAAACAUCAUUUAUUUUAUGAAUUACUUCUGAUAAUUCUGGAGUGUACCAGGCAUUCGAUCUACCUUUAAGCCUUAAUUUCUUUAAGGGAGCAUGAUUAUCCACAAUGUUAUUGAAGACAUCUGAAAAAAGGCUCAACACUAAAUCAGGUUCAGGGAUAGCUGAAAUACAAUCAAGGUCACUAAAAUAAAGAUCAUGUAAAUAAAAAAAUAAAAAAACCUGUUCACUGAAGUUUUUAAAUUUCCUCAUUGUGAUGACACAAGGCUUAGAUUUGAGUAUUUUCACAUCUCUAACACAAACUGGGCAAUGGUCACUAAUAUCUUAGGGCAAAGACACCAAUAGAAACAUAUUUCUCUGGUGUAUUCAUUAAAUUAUGAUCAAUCAGAGUUGACUUUGAAGGAUCUUUAGGGUUGUGCCGUGUAGGCUUAGUCACCAGCUGGGUUAGGUUUAGAUCAUUACACAUGUCUUUCAGAUUGUCCAAAGCCUGCAUUUCCCAAUCAUAAUUUACGUUACCAAGGAUAAUAACUUCUGAUUUAGUAAAAGAAGACAACAAACUAGUUAACAUCUCGAGUGCACAAAGGUCAGCCUUAGUUAUGGAUACAUUUUUCCCCAGACAAAGGCUUAAAGAUAGUAGCUCAUUAUUAUGGUCUUUUCUUUUGGCAAGAGACAUGGAUUUCAGUAAAGAGGCAGAACAUAUUUUUUAUAAAAAUCGCCACUCCACCCUGUCUGUCAGCUCUGAACACAUUAUAACACUCAAUAUUAUUUAUUUUUAUUUUUUAUCUAUGAGACUACCUUAAACAUCGAAACUGGAACAACCAUUUCAGUAAUGGAUGCAAUAAGUCCAAGUAACUGAUUGGAUUAGUUUAGAAAAAUGUAUGUUAUUUCUAUUUGAGUAGCAUAAUAUUAAUUAAUCAAUCAAUGUACAUGCAAAAAUAUAUAAAUUGAAACAAAUAAUUAUAAAACUCUGGUUUUUGUUUAACACUUCUUAUUACCACUAACACAGUGGUUCUUUUACACCAAUGAGUAUUAAUUUAACACUUACAGAGUUAACACCUGAGUCAACACUAGAAAUGUUACACUGAAAAAUCAACACUAGGUAAAACUGGCCAAUUUUCUGUGCAUGUUUCUUUUACAUGUUGUCACAUGUUAUCACAUUAACUUAAUCUAAGAUCACAUGUGAUCACAUGCAAUCACAUGAGAUCACGUGAUGACAUGUGGAACACAUGUUAUCACAUGUGAAAUGAAUGUGCUUUUUCUGUAAAGGAAACCACACAAGUGCAUUUACUGUAGAUUUCACUGAUAACAAAAGUGCGCAUUUCUUAACGCUGAGAACAUUCCCUUUUCCUUCCAAAAAGCAUAUUAAUGACAUUAGCAUAGACACAGAAUGGAAAAAGUAGCUAGGCCUAGAUAGAGAAGGAAAACGGUGUGCUUGUUGCCAGUUUAUGCUUAAAAAUACAGUAUCAGUCAAAAGUUUGGACACACCUACUCAUUCAAGGGUUUUUUCUUUAUUUUUACUAUUUUCUACAUUUUAGAAUAAUAGUGAAGACAUCAAAACUAUGAAAUAACACAUAUGGAAUCAUGUAGUAACCAAAAAGGUGUUAAACAAAUCAAAAUAUAUUUUAUAUUUGAGAUUAUUCAAAAAGCCACCCUUUGCCUUGAUGACAUCUUUGCACACUCUUUGCAUUCUCUCAACCAGCUUCACCUGGAAAGCUUUUCCAACAGUCUUGAAGGAGUUCCCACAUAUGCUGAGCACUUGUUGGCUGCUUUUCCUUCACUCUGCGGUCCGACUCAUCCCAAACCAUCCCAAUUGGGUUUUGGUCGGGUGAUUGUGGAGGCCAGGUCAUCUGAUGCAGCACUCCAUCACUCUCCUUCUUGGUCAAAUAGCCCUUACACAGCCUGGAGGUGUGUUGGGUCAUUGUCCUGUUGAAAACAAAUGAUAGUCCCACUAAGCCCAAACCAGAUGGGAUGGCGUAUCGCUGCAGAAUGCUGUGGUAGCCAUGCUGGUUAAGUGUGCCUUGAAUUCUAAGUAAAUCACAGACAGUGUCACCAGCAAAGCACCCCCACACCAUAACACCUCCUCCUCCAUGCUUUACGUUGGGAACUACACAUGCAGAGCUCAUCUUUUCACCCACACCGCGUCUCACAAAGACACGGCGGUUGGAACCAAAAUUCUCCAAUUUGGACUCCAGACCAAAGGACAAAUUUCCACCGGUCUAAUGUCCAUUGCUUGUAUUCCUUGGCCCAAGCAGGUCUCUUCUUCUUAUUGGUGUUCUUUAGUAGUGGUUUCUUUGCAGCAAUUCGACCAUGAAGGCCUAAUUCACACAGUCCCCUCUGAAAAGUUGAUGUUGAGAUGUGUCUGUGACUUGAACUCUGUGAAGCAUUUAUUUGGGCUGCAAUUUCUGAGGCUGGUAACUCUAAUGAACUUAUCUUCUGCAGCAGAGGCAACUCUGGGUCUUCCAUUCCUGUGGCGGUCCUCAUGAGAGCCAGUUUCAUCAUAGCGCUUGAUGUUUUUUGCGACUGCGCUUGAAGAAACUUUCAAAGUUCUUGGAAUGUUCCGUAUUGACUGACCUUCAUGUCUUAAAGUAUUGAUGGACUGCUUAUUUGAGCUGUUCUUGCCAUAAUAUGGACUUGGUCUUUUACCAAAAAGGGCUAUCUUCUGUAUACCCCCCCCCCCACCUUGUUACAACACAACUGAUUGGCUCAAGCGCAUUAAGAAGGAAAUCAAUUCCACAAAUUAACUUUUAAGAAGGCACACCUAUUAAUUGAAAUGCAUUCCAGGUGACUACCUCAUGAAGCUGGUUGAGAGAAUGCCAAGAGUGUGCAAAGCUGUCAUUAAGGCAAAGGGUGGCUAUUUGAAGAAUCUGAAAUAUAAAAUAUAUUUUGAUUUGUUUAACACUUUUUUGGUUAAUACAAUACAUGAUUCCAAAUGUGUUAUUUCGUAGUUUUGAUGUCUUCGCUAUUAUUCUACAAUGUAACAAAUAGUCAAAAUAAAGAAAAACCCUUGAAUGAGUAGGUGUGUCCAAACUUUUGACUGGUAGUGUACGUGUGUUUCUCUACUUUUCAGUGGCCCCUCUGUAAAGUCGCAGGAAACAGACAAGGAUGGGCGUCCUAUGUUGCAGCUCACCCCUCCGAGCAUUUCUGUGCACAGCUUCAGUCAGCUCUCCAAAAUAGUACAGCUGGCAGAGGAUAAGAGGCUCAAUGAGGUCCGAGCUUGCCUGGAAGGUAAACCAUGUCAACCACAGAAUGAGAUCUGAAUCCCAUUUGCAUCCUAAAUAGUCAAGGCUGCAUACUUCCCAUAAGCUACAGGCAUCAUUUGUUUGUCUUCCUUGUUAUCGUCUACUUUCAUCCAAUUAGAAACUGGCAUCAGAUUAUGUUUGCAAUUCUUCAGUCAUAUUUACUGUACCCCCCAAAGCCAUAAUGUGGUACUUGCUAAUAGCUAUGUUAGUUUGAGAAAAUAAAACAUUAAUCUACUGUAUGUCUAUAUGACCCUAGGCCUGGACUCUCUUAAAAUAGGCCUACAUCAUUUGACCUCAAUGGGACAAUCUGGCAAAAUAAAGGUACAAAAUAAAAUGUAUUUUUACUGUAAUUUGUAGCCAACAGAGACCCUGUGGCGAAGAUGCUGGGGCCUAGCUUAGCCACAGUGGAGGGGGAGGACAGCUCUGUGCUGCGUCUCCUGGGGAAGGUAAAGGAGGGGGACCAGGCCAAGGAGGCUGAGAUCAAAGUGAAUCUGAUCAUCCUACUGCAGCAGCUGGACACUCAGCUCCUCAGCAACUCCCUCAAGCAGAUCUCCCAGUGGGUGCCUUUCCUCCUGCUCACUCUGUCUGCAAUCUCUAUCUAUCAAUAACAAAUCUAUAUAUCUUAAUACACACACUGACUCCCACUCCCACUUCAGACAAGUCCAAACAUAUGGGUUUGACUGAUUAAAAAAACAUUUCUUACCAGACAGAAGAACCACAAAUGAGGCCAAGAUGAAUCGUCUGUAUUUGUUUUUGUUGUUUUUUUUUUGUACAGGGAGGUUAGGCUCAGUCCUGCCGCAGUGAAGAAUGAUGUCGAGCUGUUGAAAAACUUCUGCAGUGAAGGGGAGAAAAGGGUGUUGAAGUCUGUUCAAUACACAUCAGGUUUGAGUUAUCUUUCCCAUUUAUCUUUUUUUUUUUUUUUUUUGCUAUUAGAGGGUAAUACUGGGAUAUACAAAAUAUCUGUGUUCAACCCUGAAAAACAUGGAAGUCAUUAUACAUGUCAGAUUUACUGAGACAAUGAAUAUUUUCACUUGCCUCAGUCGGAGCGGCACAUUUGCAAUGACAUAACAAUUAACCGUUCAGUGGAAAACGCACCACCCCCUACACACCACAGUGAUAAAUGCAGUCUUUUGAAAAAUGUGUCCCCUUACGCAGAGGAAAAUUGAAACCUUCUAUGCAAAUAGUCUCCAACCUGUCAUACUGGGCACAUUAAAAUGUGUGUGUGUGUGUGUGUCACGAUGCUCUGCGGCCUAGCUGUUUUCAGAGGAUGAUUAACAGGGAGUGAAAUCACAGCGAGCUCUAAAUAACCUGGUCUGCUGUCUUCAGACCUGUAGUGCGUGCCAAAUGGCACCCUGUUCCCUGUAUAGUGCACUAAUUUUGACCUGAGCCCUAUGGGCCCUCGUCAAAAGUAGUGCACUAAAUAUGGAAUAGGGUGCCAUUUGGGAUGCAGUCCUGUACUGCUCUCUCUGAGGUGGAGUUGAUCCGUCAUCCUCGCUGGCAGCUCAGGGAACAGCGAUGAUUUCUCCUCCUGUGAUGCUGCACUCUUUGAACCCCUAUUGGAACUUUAUUUUCCCUCUAAUCCUCGAUACGUACUGUACCUUAAGGGAAGAAUCACAAUGUGGCCUAAUUCCCUAUAGAAACAUUACUACUGUAUGGUGAAAUCGUAUUGAUUUAACGUACAUUGUACACUGAACUGACAUGCUCUGGUAUGCUUUUCUUAUUUUUCUGCAGAUUAUGAGUUCACCAAUGGCUGUCGAACUCCUCCUUGGAGGCAGGUGCAUGGUGAGAUCUGCUACCUGGUGAUACAGCCAUGUGACACUGAGCCCCUGCACAUCACCUGCAGCACAGCUGGAGUCUUUCUCAACGGGGUAAGAUAGCUAGAGAUAGAUUAGUGUCACUGAAUCAACACCAGUUUCCAGUAGACUGAGAACAAAAUGAGUUGUGGAUUAUGUCAAAAAAACUGUCAAAUAGAAAUCCUGCAACAAGAAACUCUCUCUAUUUUAUAUUUUCGUUUCCAUAAACUGAAUUUCAGUCAACAUGUCACGGUUUCGGCCGAGGCUGCCUCUCCUCCUUGUUCGGGCAGGCUUCGGCGCUCGUCGUCUCCGGAAUUCUAGCUGCCACCGAUAGAUGUUUCAUGUUCGUUUGCUUUUGUCUGUUUGUGUCACACCUGUUUCUGUUUUACGUGAUUAGUGUCCUAUAAGGUUCUCGUUGUGUUUGUCAUGUGUUGUGUAUGAUUGUUUUUCGUCAGUGUUGUGUUUGCUCGGUUGAGCAUAUUCUCUCCACUGCGCUGGAGCUCGAUUGCACUUGUUUCGUGCACUACUUCAUUUUGUCGCACCUGUUUGUGCGCAUUUUGCCUAUACGCCUUGUGCGUAGUUUAGCUGUUGGGCUUUGUUGCCCUGUUGCCUGUGUUUGGGCCGGAAUACAGCAUUUGGAACCUACCGUCUGCGUCCUGCAUCUGAUUUCCUACACUACACCUACACACGCCCUGACAGAAUCAUACACCACUCAUGGAAUCAGCAGGAGCCGAAGCAGCCCAGACCAGACUGGAAGCCCAGGUUCGGGAUCAGCAGGAGCAACUCCUGCAGAUGGGGAACGCCCUGCAGGAGGUGAUUACCACACUCCGAGGCUGGGGUUCGCCUCCACCACCGCCCGCCCUGCCAGCACCAUCGGCCAGCCCGCCCGUUCCAGCACCGGAACCUCGAGGAGUCCGACUAUCUCUCCCGAGGGCUUACGACGGGACAGCGGCUGGGUGUCAGGGAUUCCUGCUCCAGGUCGAGCUAUACCUGGCCACCGUGCACCCGGCACCUUCAGGGCACGAGAGCGUGUCCGCUCUGAUCUCCUGCCUGGCCGGAAAAGCGUUGGAGUGGGCCAACGCGGAGUGGAGGAAGAUAGACGCCACGACCAUUACGUACCCUGAGUUCUCCCGCCGCUUCAGAGCGGUGUUCGACCAUCCCCCGGAGGGGAAAGCGGCGGGGGAGCGUCUGGUCUUCCUCCGACAGGGGAGGAGAAGUGCCCAGGAAUUCGCACUCGAAUUCCGUACUCUGGCGGCAGAUGCAGGGUGGAAUGAUCGGGCCCUCAUCGAUCUAUACCGAUGCAGCCUACGAGAGGACGUCCGUCGGGAACUGGCUUGCAGGGACACCAGUCUCACCUUCGACCAGCUGGUGGAUAUGUCCAUCAGGCUGGAUACCCUGCUGGCUACCCGCGGACGUCUUGCGGAGGGUCCGUCCAUUCCACCCUCCAGCGCCUCCGAGCCUUGUCCCAUGGAGCUCGGGGGCGCUGGCGCUAGAGAGAGGAGGAGUCGGCAGGCUAGGGGGUCCAUCCACUGCACCAACUGUGGCCGGGGAGGACACACCGCGGCUAGGUGCUGGGGAUGGCCUCCUAGGGGAGAUGACGACAGGCCCCGCACUGGGGAUUCCCUCCAGGUGAGUAGGCGCCCCACUCACCCAGAGCUCUCUGUUGCCCAUUUUUGUAUGCCUGUACGUUUUCCACAGGUAGCACCUCAUGCCCAGCAUAAGGCGCUGGUAGAUUCAGGCGCAGCUGGGAAUUUUAUUGAUAAAAAGUUUUGUUUAGCGUUAGGGAUUCCCCUCAUUCCUGUUGAUGUUCCUUUUCCCGUUCACGCCCUAGAUAGUCGUCCGUUGGGUACGGGCUUGAUCAGGGAGGUCACGGCGCCACUUAGGAUGUGUGCGCAGGGGGGUCAUCAGGAGAUGAUUCAGCUGUUCCUGAUUGACUCUCCUGCGUAUCCGGUGGUGCUGGGAAUGCCCUGGUUGAGUACCCAUAACCCAGUGAUUUCGUGGCAGGAGAGGGCUCUGAUGGAGUGGUCUGCUCAGUGUGUGGGUAGAUGUUUGGGCGUUUCCGUAGGGGCUACCUCGGUGGAGAGUCCAAACCAGGUGCCCGCAUUGCACAUUCCACCUGAGAAUGGGGAUUUGGCUAUUGCGUUUAGUAAGGCGAGGGCGACGCAGUUGCCACCCCAUAGGCAGGGGGAUUGUGCGAUAAACCUCCAGGCAGGAGCUGCGCUCCCACGGAGCCAUGUGUAUCCUCUGUCUCAGGAGGAGAAGAAAGCUAUGGAGAUUUACAUAGACGAAUCACUGAGACAAGGAUACAUACGGCCGUCCACUUCCCCCGCGUCCUCGAGUUUCUUUUUCGUGAAGAAAAAGGAUGGUGGUUUGCGCCCAUGCAUCGAUUACCGUGGUCUCAAUCAGAUUACGGUGAAGUAUAGUUAUCCACUCCCGCUGAUUGCGACCAUGACUGAGUCGUUGCAUGGGGCACGUUUCUUCACGAAACUAGAUCUCAGGAGCGCGUACAACUUGGUGCGCAUCAGGGAGAACGAUGAAUGGAAAACAGCCUUUAGUACCACCUCGGGCCAUUACGAGUAUCUGGUCAUGCCAUACGGGUUGAUGAACGCUCCAUCAGUUUUCCAAUCAUUUGUGGAUGAGAUCUUCAGGGACAUGCAGGGGCAGGGGGUGGUGGUGUACAUUGAUGACAUUCUCGUGUACUCACCUACCCGUGUCGAGCAUGUAGCCCUGGUGCGCAAGGUGUUGCGGAGGCUGGUGGAGCACGACCUGUAUGUGAAGGCAGAGAAGUGUCUGUUUUUCCAGGAGUCGGUCUCCUUUUUGGGUUAUCAGUUGUCUGCGUCAGGGGUGAGGAUGGAGGUAGAUCGAGUGUCGGCCGUGCGUAAUUGGCAAACACCAACCACUGUGAAGGAGGUGCAGCAGUUCUUGGGGUUUGCAAAUUACUACAGGAGGUUUAUCCGGGGGUUUGGACAGGUGGCAGCUCCCAUCACGUCUCUGUUGAAGGGGGGUCCGGUGCGUCUGCAGUGGUCGGCCGAGGCGGACAGGGCGUUUGGGAGGCUGAAGGACCUGUUUACCUCGGCCCCAGUGCUGGCGCACCCGGAUCCCUCUUUGCCGUUCCAAGUAGAGGUGGACGCGUCGGAGGCCGGGUUAGGAGCCGUGCUUUCACAACGAUCUGGCGCGCCACCUAAACUCCGCCCCUGUGCUUUUUACUCUAAGAAGCUCAGUCCGGCGGAGCGGAACUAUGACGUAGGGGACAGGGAGCUGUUAGCCGUGGUACAGGCUCUAAAGAUGUGGAGGCACUGGCUUGAGGGGGCUCAACACCCUUUCCUCAUUUUGACGGACCACCGUAACAUGGAGUACAUCCGAGCGGCGAGGAGGCUGAACCCUCGCCAGGCAAGAUGGAGUAUGUUCUUGACCAGGUUUACGUUUAAGAUCACGUACAUCCCUGGGUCACAGAAUGGCAAGGCAGAUGCGCUGUCUCGGCGGUAUGACGCGGAGGAGAGGUCCGUGGAGCCCACUCCCAUACUGCCUGCGUCGUGUCUGGUGGCGCCGGUAGUGUGGGAGAUCGAUGCUGAACUCGAGCGGGCGUUACGCACCGACCCUAGUCCAUCACAGUGCCCGGAGGGUCGGAAGUACGUUCCGCUCGAGGUUCGGGAUCGAUUGAUUUAUUGGGCUCACACGUCACCCUCCUCUGGACAUCCGGGUAUCGGCCGGACAGUGCACUGUCUUAGUGCCAAGUACUGGUGGCCCACGUUGGCUAGGGAUGUGAGGGUUUAUGUUUCCUCUUGCUCGGUGUGCGCCCAGUGUAAGGCGCCUAGACAUUUACCUAGGGGUAAGUUGCUACCCCUGCCCGUUCCACAACGGCCAUGGUCCCACCUCUCAGUGGACUUUAUAACAGAUCUUCCCCUCUCCCAAGGGAAUACCACCAUCCUGGUCGUUGUGGACCGGUUCUCUAAGGCCUGUCGUUUGCUCCCCAUGCCGGGUCUUCCUACGGCCCUGCAAACCGCCGAGGCACUGUUUACCCAUGUGUUCCGGCACUACGGGGUGCCCGAGGACAUUGUGGCUGAUCGGGGUCCCCAAUUCACCUCCAGGGUCUGGAGAGCGUUUAUGGAGCGGUUGGGGGUCUCGGUGAGUCUCACCUCGGGCUACCACCCGGAGAGCAAUGGGCAGGUGGAACGCGUAAACCAGGAUGUGGGUAGGUUUCUCAGAACAUACUGCCAGGACCGGCCGGAGGAGUGGUCAAGGUACGUUCCCUGGGCCGAGAUGGCCCAGAAUUCCCUACGCCAUUCCUCCACGAACCUAACCCCAUUUCAAUGUGUGUUAGGUUACCAGCCGGUUCUGGCACCCUGGCAGCAGAGCCAGAUCGAAGCUCCUGCGGUGGAUGAGUGGGCGCGGCGCUCGGAGGAGACUUGGAACGCUGCACACGUCCACCUGCAGCGGGCCCUCCGACGUCAGAAGGCGAGCGCUGAUCUCCACCGCAGUGAGGCACCGGUGUACGCACCUGGUGAUCGAGUCUGGCUCUCUACCAGAAACCUGCCCCUCCGCCUGCCCUGUCGGAAACUGGGUCGGCGGUUUGUAGGGCCAUUUAAAGUCCUGAGGAGGUUGAACGAGGUUUGUUAUAGAUUACAGCUACCUGUGGAGUAUAAGUGUAUUAACCCCUCGUUCCAUGUGUCCCUUCUCAGGCCGGUGGUAGCGGGCCCACUCCAAGACGAUGUGAUCUUGGAGACUCCUCCGCCCCCGUUGGACAUCGAGGGGGCACCGGCGUACUCCGUGAGAUCCAUCUUGGAUUCGAGACGUCGGAUGGGGGGUCUCCAGUAUCUAGUGGAGUGGGAGGGGUACGGUCCGGAGGAGCGGUGCUGGGUGCCGAGGAGAGACGUGUUGGACCCAUCGCUUCUGACGGAGUUCCAUCGGAGGCAUCCGACGCGCCCUGCGCCGCGUCCCCCUGGCCGUCCCCGAGGCCGGAGUCGGCGCGCGUCUGGAGCCGCGCGUCAAGGGGGGGGUACUGUCACGGUUUCGGCCGAGGCUGCCUCUCCUCCUUGUUCGGGCAGGCUUCGGCGCUCGUCGUCUCCGGAAUUCUAGCUGCCACCGAUAGAUGUUUCAUGUUCGUUUGCUUUUGUCUGUUUGUGUCACACCUGUUUCUGUUUUACGUGAUUAGUGUCCUAUAAGGUUCUCGUUGUGUUUGUCAUGUGUUGUGUAUGAUUGUUUUUCGUCAGUGUUGUGUUUGCUCGGUUGAGCAUAUUCUCUCCACUGCGCUGGAGCUCGAUUGCACUUGUUUCGUGCACUACUUCAUUUUGUCGCACCUGUUUGUGCGCAUUUUGCCUAUACGCCUUGUGCGUAGUUUAGCUGUUGGGCUUUGUUGCCCUGUUGCCUGUGUUUGGGCCGGAAUACAGCAUUUGGAACCUACCGUCUGCGUCCUGCAUCUGAUUUCCUACACUACACCUACACACGCCCUGACACAACAGUAGUCCAUACUCCGCAUUAGAUAUUAUUUUUAGUCUACAGGAUGUGUUUUGUCAUAAAUGCUUUAGGCAUCGAUGAAUUAAUAAUCAAGAUAUUUUAGCACAGUAUGUUUGCCAAUUGUUAUGAACAAGCACGGCAAGUUAAAAUUAAUCUUAAUAUACUUUUUUAAGAUCUAGAAUGUCUCUGUUAAUGAUAGUCCGUCAAGUUUCCAAAACAUUAGGUAAGUGUCACUGAAAAGUUUAGCGAUUUAUGUAUUGAAGUAAUGUUAACUGUAUGGUUGAAUUCCAAGUUUGCCCUGUGUUGUUAAACAUUUACAACCACCCCAUUGACCUUAACGUGUGUGCAAUUAAUCAUUAGAAAACAUUUUACAUGCCUCAGCGUCUUUCACUCUCCUUCACUGCCUGACUGCCCAAGUUAGGACAUUUCCUGUCUCCCUGUUUCCUCACCUGGAAAUGGUUCAGUUCAGGACACUGAAACCCGUGUUCCAACAUGUAUGACAUUGAUGGUAUAUUUACAAAAAUGAAAUCUAAAAGAUUACAGAGUUUAACAUAAUGUGUGUAGUGGUUAGUAGUGCAGACUGGUUUUGAAUUCUAGCCUGUGAAGCUGCAUUUUGAUACCUUGGCCCUCUCUAACCUCAGUUGUUCUGACAAAUAUCCAACUGAGCCAAUAGUUAGUCUAUAGGGGUCUCUGCCAGUAACAGUGAAUAGUUUCAUGGUAAUACUGUAGUAUUGAUUUGAUACAUCAAAAUGCAUCUUUGUCUUCACAGGGCAUAAGGCAGGAGGGUGAGGAAAAUGCCUAUGACAGAACAAGUGAUGUCUACAAAGACCUGGUAACACUUCUGAAAAGCAAGUCUCCCCAUUUUGCAGAGAACAUAAAUAAACAGGUAGGUUAUCAUGUGAAGCAGGUUGCUGUUUUCUCUGAGUAAUAUUUGCUCUGUCGAUAACCCUAUGAAGCCGUAUGCAUUCGACUGAUCAUAGAUUACAUAAUGUAAUGCAUAGUAGAGGUGGCAGGUAGCUUAGUGGUUAAGAGCGUUGUGCCAGUAACCGAAAGGUCGCUGGUUCUAAUCCCAGAGCCGACUAGGUGAACAAUCUGUCGAUGUGCCCUUGAGCAAGGCACUUAACCCUAAUUGCUCCUGUAAGUCGCUCUGGAUAAGAGCGUCUGCUAAAUGACUAAAAUGUAAAUGUAAAAUGUAGAGUGCGUUUAGGAUUGUGAAUCAGUGUCUGCACUCGUCCUCCCUGGUGUGCUUGUCUGGUCGUCACAGUGCACAGUGAGAACUCUCUGAAGCUGUUGCAGCACUACCUUACUUUCCAAAUCACCCCAGUUGAAAAGAAUGCAAAAAACUGUCCAGUUACUCACACAGACAGAGUCAUGUGUUGCCCUGAAAUGCCAGUGAUUCAUUCAGUAGUGCUGUUUCCUGCUUAAGUGAUUUGAUGAAUUAACAAAUCACCCCAAUAAUGACUUCAAGCUGUGGUGGGAAAAAUGUGUUUAUCAUCUGAAUAUUUGGCUAUAUAUUUUGUCACGAGUGACUCAAUAAUGGAUUGUUGGAAAAUGUUGUAUCAUUUACAGGCAUGCUUGCUAUACAGUUAAAGGAGCCAAAUAUUUACGGAUAAACUUUGUACAUGGUAUUUAGUCUCUAGGAAAUGACACUAAAUGUUUCAUAUAAUUUAUAUAACAAGUAUAUUGAGUAAUUUUUGUUUUUGCUAAUAUUUAUUAGUUUCCUCAUGUCUAUUUGGACUGUCUUAUGAGUAGUUACAACAAAGUAGUGUAGCUAAACGAAUAAUAGUAUUUUUCCACUUUAAAUCGUUCAUUUCUGUUAGCAAAGACUAUGAUCAGUGUUGCUCUUGCUGAUAUUCACUAUACUUCUGUCCUUGAGCUAUUGAAACGGAAAUGUAAUUAAGACUGAUUUCCUUUUACCCCUUUCUGCAAAUCUUGCUCUUUAAAGUAAAUUAUGAGCCCACUGGGCAAAAACUGGUUGAAUCAACGUUGUUUCCACGUCACUUCAACAAAACAUUUCAAUGUGAGGACAUUGAAUCAAUGUGGAAAACUGAUUGGAUUUGAAAAAAGUCAUCAACGUAAGAGAAUUGUCUUUUUUUCACCCAAUUUUUAACCUAAAUCCAGUGACAUGGUGAAAUGUUUUGUUGAUUUCACAUUGAAUUCACUUAACUUGACAAUUCAACCAGUGGGAUGUUAUCACAAUAAUAUAUUGUAGUUUGCAAAUGUAAAGCCGGGCAGACAAGAAUAUAUUUUGUCUUUUCCCCACAAUUUCAGGAACUGGUAAGUCAGUGCUUGCUUUUUGGACAAUAGCUUAAGACAAAGGACAAUCUGCCAUAACAGCCCCCCCCCCCGUCACUUUAAUAACUCUACCUACAUGUACACAUUACCUCAAUUACCUCGACUAACCGGUGCCCCCGCACAUUGACUCGGUACCGGUACCCCCUGUAUAUAGCCUCGCUAUUGUUAUUUUUACUGCUGCUCUUUAAUUAUUUGUUACUUUUAUUUCGUAUUAUUUUAUAUUGUAUUUUUUUGUGUGAUUUUUCUUUCGGUAUUCUUUCUUAAAACGGCAUUGUUGGUUAUGGGCUUGUAAGUAAGCAUUUCACUGUAAGGUCUACACCUGUUGUAUUCGGCGCAUGUGACAUACAAUUUGAUUUGAUUUGAUCAUCCAUGGACGUUAUGGAGACAUUUACAUUAUGUUACUGCAGUGGCCUAUAACAACCAUUGUUCUCCCCAUUUUUAAAUAACGAUAUUAUCAAUGAAAAAGAGCCGCCUCAUCAUUACUUUCAAUUGAAUUGUGCUUGGCCAGUCAGUGUGACUUACUGGCACAGAGAGACAGGUUAGGGUAAGUGAGCAGUAUAAAUCCCAAUGAGCAGUGCCAGGCAGCUGUGCUGUGCUGUGUAAAAGGGCCAUCCAGGCUUUAAUGUUUUAUGAGUCCUGUGUCUGUGAGGAGUGAUGCCAUGAGGCUGAACCUGUCGGUCUGAGGAUGUUGGACAGUAGGCCGUAAAACACUACUGUAAAUGAGGUAGCUGAGAUACAAAUCAAGUCAGGUUUUCUCUGCCUACUUCUUUUGCCCUUUGAAGUUGCUACAGUUAUGUCCAAAACAUAGCAUUGUGAUGGUGAGGUGAUAUAAGGGAGUGUUCUGCACUCAAAUCAGGCCAUGUCUUUCUGGCCUUUUUACACCCCACCAAACUAUUUCCUCUCUGCAAUACUUAAGCACACCUCUUAUACAGUGGGGAAAAAAAGUAUUUAGUCAGCCACCAAUUGCGCAAGUUCUCCCACUUAAAAAGAUGAGAGAGGCCUGUAAUUUUCAUCAUAGGUACACGUCAACUAUGACAGACAAAAUGAGGAAAAAAAAUCCAGAAAAUCACAUUGUAGGAUUUUUAAUGAAUUUAUUUGCAAAUUAUGGUGGAAAAUAAGUAUUUGGUCAAUAACAAAAGUUUCUCAAUACUUUGUUAUAUACCCUUUGUUGGCAGUGACACAGGUCAAACGUUUUCUGUAAGUCUUCACAAGGUUUUCACACACUGUUGCUGGUAUUUUGGCCCAUUCCUCCAUGCAGAUCUCCUCUAGAGCAGUGAUGUUUUGGGGCUGUCGCUGGGCAAAACGGACUUUCAACUCCCUCCAAAGAUUUUCUAUGGGGUUGAGAUCUGGAGACUGGCUAUGCCACUCCAGGACCUUGAAAUGCUUCUUACGAAGCCACUCCUUCGUUGCCCGGGCGGUGUGUUUGGGAUCAUUGUCAUGCUGAAAGACCCAGCCACGUUUCAUCUUCAAUGCCCUUGCUGAUGGAAGGAGGUUUUCACUCAAAAUCUGACGAUACAUGGCCCCAUUCAUUCUUUCCUUUACACGGAUCAGUCGUCCUGGUCCCUUUGCAGAAAAACAGCCCCAAAGCAUGAUGUUUCCACCCCCAUGCUUCACAGUAGGUAUGGUGUUCUUUGGAUGCAACUCAGCAUUCUUUGUCCUCCAAACACGACGAGUUGAGUUUUUACCAUUUAUUUGCAAAUUAUGGUGGAAAAUAAGUAUUUGGUCACCUACAAACAAGCAAGAUUUCUGGCUCUCACAGACCUGUAACUUCUUCUUUAAGAGGCUCCUCUGUCCUCCACUCGUUACCUGUAUUAAUAGCACCUGUUUGAACUUGUUAUCAGUAUAAAAGACACCUGUCCACAACCUCAAACAGUCACACUCCAAACUCCACUAUGGCCAAGACCAAAGAGCUGUCAAAGGACACCAGAAACUAAAUUGUAGACCUGCACUAGGCUGGGAAGACUGAAUCUGCAAUAGGUAAGCAGCUUGGGACCAAAGUAACAAAGCCUAUCAUCAAUAACACACUACGCCGCCAGGGACUCAAAUCCUGCAGUGCCAGACGUGUCCCCCUGCUUAAGCCAGUACAUUUCCAGGCCCGUCUGAAGUUUGCUAGAGUGCAUUUGGAUGAUCCAGAAGAGGAUUGGGAGAAUGUCAUAUGGUCAGAUGAAACCAAAAUAUAACUUUUUGGUAAAAGCUCAACUCGUCGUGUUUGGAGGACAAAGAAUACUGUCAAUAUAAUUGAUAUGGUGCAGCACGCACUGCAGUGCAGUACUGUAACCUGUUCAGACAUACAGUAAUAAAGUAAUUGCACUCAAUCUUGAGGACAAAAUAAUUAUAUCUGAAACCGCUCCGGCCGGGACCUGCUCUCUGAUUGUAUCGCCAAGAGCCCAAAGUGGUUGUGAUCCAAGUCAACAUGAAGCCUGGCAGGUUGAUAGCCAAAUAUAACAACACCUUUCUCUGAACAUGAUCUACUCGUUUCCAGCGUCGAGGAAGCAGAUUAUUUUUCACAGUUUUAUUAGAUCAGACAUUAUCAAUCAAAUAAGCAAGAGGCAGCCAGAGGAGAAGAGUGCAGCACCAGGGAAACAUACUGCAUAGUGCUACUCCAUUCCUUGGUUGAGUGUUGGACUGACUCGUUCUGAAAAUUACAAUGUGAUUAGAAAUUGGACAGAAAUUAAAUUUUAAAAAGCACCCUCAGAAUUGUUAUUCAAAAAUCCUGAAAUCAAUCUAUCCCUGCUAUCAAGUUCACUCUCCACAAGGAGUCUCGUAGAGCUCCUCCACUGACAGCUGCACAUUUGUUGCACCUCUUCUGAUUUUCCAUCACUGUGUGGAGCAAGUCAUUAUAGAUAGAAGUCCAUAACAUGUGUAAAUAUUUGGAGUUUCAGGUUUCUCAGUGAGGGCUUGGAACAAAGCACGAGUGGAGAAAGAAUAAUUGUUCUAAUGAUUUGGAAGUCAGCUGUAGUAUAAAAAAUACAAAAAUGUUGCCGAGUCCGACUGAGAAGUGUGAGGAGAGUUGUAGGCAGGCAGGCGUCUGACCUGCUUAAAGUGUCUGUGCACUUGUUUGUUGGCCCUCUGACUGCUCUGACAGAGCCGUCCCUGUGCUGUGUGCACUGCUGUAGUGUGCCAUAGACUUUGGAAUGUUUCCUUCUGUCUUAGCAUAUGGAGUUUGUCCAUUUCAGGUAUCAUAAAAAGAGGUAAGGUUGGACACCUGAAAUGCAGCCACGGUGGACUGAAUUGGCCUGCAGUAGCUGCAGGUCACUCUGGGUUCUAUGACAAACAAGUCUUUGAAAAGUGACCGAGCGUGCUUGGCCCGAACAUACGAACACAGCCAUAGUAUUCCAUGUUAAUUAUUUUUCCUUUUACUUCUGAAAAUCACAAAUAAAAAAUGAGCUCAUUGAGAGCAAUGGCAGUCUGAGGCGUAACUAUUUUCUGCCUAGCAGGUGUCUGUGAUUAUAAAACUUUCCCUGUCUGCAAUCCAUUCAUGUGUGUCUUGUUGGCAUUCUUAUGUUAGGUUGUAAAGUUGGGUAAAAGGACCUUCAAAAACUUAAAAAAUCAUCUUUGAAUAACAGUGACACAAAGGCUCUACUUUCUCCAUGCCAAACUGCAAGGUUUUAGCUUGAGGAAUGUAAAGAAACAAUAAACUUUUGAUAUUGUUCAGCCAAUUAAUAAAAGGGGACCUCUUCUGUGUUGUAAAGCACUGGGAAUGUGUUAUUUUAUUCCCUUCGCUCAAUAAUAAAGGCUGAAUUGUUAUUCUGCUGCGGGAAUGUUGAGAAAGUUCUGUUUUAAUAUGAACAGUCGCUGAUACAGACUUAAAACCCUGAUUAGUUUUUAUAUGGUUCUUCUUGGGCUGAGAAGAACUAAACGACACCCUUUCAGACACCAGUGUGUGAUGUCUCUCAAAUAACUGAAUAAAGAGGCAUUAUAUCAGAUGUAGAAUGGAAAAUAUACUUUAUAACUUGAAAGAAUCAAAAGGACCGAAGACUUUGUUAAAAGAACAAUCAUUCAGAGGAAGAACUUUUUUAACGACCCAAGUCCAUAGAAUUUUAUGACCAACAUUUAUUGUAUAUUUCACUGCUAGCAUUUUGGUGCAAAUUGAGAGAGGUCCUUUUUCCUCAUGUCUUUUUUCCCCUCAACAGGAUUUUGCCGUUCAAAAAGAACCUCCAACACAAAAGAUCCAACAUGUGGAAUUGGUUGAUGCAGAGGAACAAGGCCAACCCCAGAGGUCUUACGAGCAUCAGGAAAAGAAUGUGCAUGAGAAGGCGAGACAACAGCUUGUGCAAAACAAGCCAGGCGGGAAAAAGAAAUUAGAACCAUCUUUAAAAUGGAAGAACCUCGGUCUCGCAUCUCCCUACGAGUAUGUGAUAAUUCCACUCUUAUAUACAAUGUCCUUGAAAUAUUGCAAAGCACGUAAUAUGCGUGGCGGGAACUUUCUGCUCCAAUAGAUGAGCUUUUAAGUAAGAAGGGGGUGAUGCUGGAGUCGCGCACUCCGCUGGCUGCAUGUGUCUUAGUGUGUCUUCUCCACAUGCCAGCAGUCACACAUUAUAAAGAGAUGGUUUUAUAUGGCUUAUAAAUUUUAGGGCAAGCACAAAGAUUCCUGAUUAUAUGGACGAUCCCAGUUAAUGGAUGUGUUCACUGUGUGGAACCCCUCUGCUCAAUUACAGACAGAAAACGUGGGCGCGGGAGGAUAAAUUCACAGAAAUGAUCUAUCACAUAUGUUCUUUGAUUGAUAAAUAAAUCUAGCAGGGGUUUGAGUAUUUGCAGCUGCACCUUGUGAUAAGUGUCCCCAUUUCUAAGAGGCAACUGGCUCCAGAUAAAAGUGUCUAAAACGGCUAAAAAAGCCUAAAAUCCCUGCAUCCCUCUUCUCUCCCUCAAUGCCUUAGAUGAUGAUAUGUUAUGAUAAAUAACUAUUUAAAAAUAGAAAAAUGGGUAAUGAUGUCUGCCUCUUAUUUUAUUUCAUUUUUUUAGGGAAGCAGAUGACAAGAAAUCCAAAAAGAAUGCAGCGAGUGAAAAGUUUGCUGAGACGCAGGAGAAGAUGCAGAAGAAAGCCGAUUUCUCUGUGUCCUUACCUGGUCGGCAGUCGUCUAAUAAAACGUAA